UUCUUUGUUUCUUCAGGGUGUCGGUGUUUCUUAUCAGGAGUUAAAUUGUUCAAAGCGGACCAUUAUUUUUUUUUUUGUUUCCCUUGCCUACAUCAUUCAGCCCUCCAUAGUUUGUCUGUUACAGAUUAUCCGCGGAAGAGUCCACAGACGCUUCGCUGCAUAACUUAUCGCCGAUUUCACAUUUCCCCUUGCUGCUCCCUGGAACUGUGUCUCAACACUCGUGAAAAGGGAGGCCCCUAGUGUCGAUAUAUAGUUGAUCUGCGGAGCUCCCGAUACGACCUGCAUUAUCUCUCCCACGACAUCUUUGCCUUACAACACCAUGUCACCACGUGAGGCUUCUUCCAUUCCCUCCCGGCGACGUCCUUCCCUAUCCUUCAGACCUCGACCUCGGACAGCUACCUCGUCGACUCACCAGACGACCGCACUGGAAAACGACGUAUGGGGCGGGGUGUCAGAUGUUGCUGCCCCUCGGCGCCGGGAAGCGAAAAGCUUUUCCAGCCUGCGCCAUCCCGUCGAUGGCCUGCGUGCCCUAGGCCGUCGCUUAUCGGUAUCGAUCCGUAACAAGUCUUCCAGGCAUUGCGCCCACCAUCAUCAAGAUGAACCGGAUGAUGUGAGCCAUGAACAAGAAUUCAUGCCGAGCAAUAGGCAUUCCUGGUGCAAAGGCAGUAGUAUCAAUUGUCGGACAUCCCAUAGCAGUGUGUCGGCACUGCAUGGCUUUUACGCACCACCUAUGUCUCCCCGAGCACCGAUUCCAGGCGGUGGUUUGGAGCCCCCUGUUCUCCCUGACGAUAUAUAUGCAGGCGCGGCGGCUCGGGCGGCAGCGGCAGCUCAGAACGAAUUGGCAAGGGUCGAGAGGGAUGGUGCGAAAUAUUCCGACACGAGGCUGACGAGGGACUCAGAGAGCGGCAUUGGCAUUGACCUGCGCGACCGCUCCGAACUCUCUGAUUCCGAACCAGCUAUUCUACGCUUGGAUCCGGUGAUUUAUCUACCACCGGAGGUCAUGUCACAUGUCUUUACUUAUCUCGACCCUCAGUCUCUCAUGCAAUGUGAAAUGGUCUCUCGUACUUGGAGUGAGCAGGCAUCCUCCCGGCAUAUUUGGAGACAUGUGUUCCGCCACACCUAUGGACACCGCCACCCUGGCGGGAUCCCGAAGAAAAACCGAUCCGCUGGCUUAGGCAAGACUCUACCUGACCAAGACUGGAAGAGAAUGUUUCUUGUUCGACGUGCUUUAGAGAAUCGGUGGAAGGAAGGCAAGGCCGCUGCUAUCUAUCUCCACGGACACAAGGAUAGUGUGUACUGUGCCCAGUUUGAUGAGGACAAAAUCAUUACUGGGUCUCGUGAUCGGACCAUCAGAGUGUGGGAUGCUCAUUAUCCCUGGCCGUGCCGCAAAAUCAUUGGACCCCCUCCAGGAGAUGUUGCUGGUAUUGGCCCGGUAAAUAAUUCAUCCCAGCAAUCAUCUGGGAAGCCGCCUUUUCUCACAAUUUGCCCUCCUCCCACGCUUUCCGCAGGGAUUACUACCCCCGUCGAGCAAACCUCCGAAUACCAUAGUGCUUCCGUCCUUUGCCUUCAAUUCGACGACGAGAUUAUGGUCACGGGAUCAUCUGACUAUACCUGCAUUGUUUGGGAUAUUCAGAAUGACUACAAGCCCAUUCGGCGCCUCGAAGGACAUCGGGCAGGUGUGCUUGAUGUGUGCCUUGAUAGCCGAUAUAUUGUCUCUUGUUCGAAAGAUACUACCGUUUGUGUGUGGGAUCGGCAUACCGGGGCUCUUAUUAAGAGGCUUGUUGGGCACCGGGGUCCCGUCAAUGCAGUCCAGCUACGGGGCGACUUGAUUGUCUCUGCGAGCGGAGAUGGGGUCGCGAAGUUGUGGAACAUCACGUCCGGACACUGUGUCAAGGAAUUUCACAGCAAAGACCGCGGACUUGCAUGCGUUGAGUUUAGCGACGAUGCAAGGACCAUUCUCACCGGUGGCAAUGACCAAGUUAUCUAUCAGUUUGAUGCAAACACCGGUGAGAUGGUCAAUGAGCUGAAAGGUCACGUUGGGCUUGUCCGAUCUCUGCAUCUGGACAGUGUGGGCCAGAGAAUUGUUAGUGGCAGUUAUGAUAUGAGCGUGAAGGUUUUUGAUGCGGAGACCGGAGAGUUGUCGAUUGACCUACCGGGCUGGACCACCAGCUGGAUGCUAAGCGUGAAGUCUGACUAUCGACGUAUUGUGGCCACGAGCCAGGAUUCUCGAGCCGUCAUCAUGGAUUUUGGAUAUGGAUUAGAUGGCAUUGAAUUAUUAGAGGGAUAAAAAGGAAACAGCCCUAGACGAAUACUUGCUAUUUAUCUGCUCUAUCGCAGAAAAAGUUCUGGUUUUAUGGGAGUUCAUACGAGUACUUAUUCAGGAUAUCUAGGGUCCUUUGCUUUGAUUUGUUUCUUUUGCUCCAGUUGGUUGCACUUCUAGUUGGAUAUAAUAUUUUGUGGAUAUACGUUGGACAGCGAUAGAGCGUUGCUACUCGAAAGAUUUCUUUUGCUUUCUCACUUUGGGAUUAUUAAUUGAACUUAGUCUCCUGCCUAAAAAUGGUCCGUACCGUCCCUGUAGUACCCGAUAAACUCGUCUUUCCCGUCACAACGGCGCCGUCGAUCAA